CUCCGCAAUUACUGGAAGAGUCUUUAUUCCAUACGGAAGCCGGCGUAUUCACCAGCCUCGAAACACGCACUGCAGCCAUGGCCCCCAAGGGGAAGCCUGCCCCUGCCCCCGGCGGCGCCCCUGGAGAUGAUGCACCUCCAGUUGCCCUGAAAUCUAACAGGUUCAAAUGGAUGGUUAUCCGAGUUCUCACCUUGCUGAUGUCUUUCGCCUUCAUCGUAUUGCUCAUUUUAUAUCUUCAGCUUCUCAUGGAAGGCCGCGACCCUCUUGAGGAACACAUGGUAAAGCUGAAGGACAUUCUUGCAACAGGAUACGGAGAUAAGUUCAUUAUGUUUGACACCCAUGUAAGGGCUGCGGAAGAGUUAGUAAAAGUGCCGGUAGCCAUGGAAGAGGCCGAGAAUGAGUUCUAUGAAAAGAAAUCACAGUAUCCGAGAUGGUCUUCCCAGGGAGCCUGGCCUUCUCACGACGUGCCCGAAGCACGGCAGCCUCAGUUUGGUCAUUUUCAAGGUACCUUCAUCUCCCGCCUGCCCAUCGUUUGUCAACGUACAGUGCAAGGAAAGACAAUUGGCCCAAGACGAUCUUCACCACUAAUGCCCUACAGCACUGACGAAUCCCUCUUCAAGAAAAGUAUCAGAUCCACGGACGCCUGGCAGAUUUUUGGGAGAAGCCUCUACUAUAUUUCAAGGGAUAAGAGGACCUGGCACGACGCGGAGGAUUUCUGCCUGUCCAGGGGCGCCCACUUGGCUUCCAUCCUUUCUGACAAAGAGCAGCUCUUCGUCUCCUCGCAGCUCGAUCAGCCUGCCUGGAUUGGCCUCACGGACGCGAAUGAGGAAGGCAGCUGGGAAUGGACCGAUGGCUCCAGACUGGUUUCAGAGUACUGGUCUCCCGGGAGCCCCGACCACCCCAAAGACCACGGAGAAAUCGAGCACGACUGCACCGCCAUGCUGGAUUCAUCCGAUGAGUACAACUGGAAUGAUGCCAGCUGCAACGAUUAUAAUGGGUGGGUUUGCAAACAGAUGCUCGAUGUCGCGCAGUAACGAAGCCGGCCCGGGCGCUCGCGUGGCACGUCGACAUGGGAAGAAGCAACGUGCCUGUGCGCCACUGCCAG